AUGCAACUGCAACGUAUUCAUAAGAGGUUUCAUGACUUAGAGAGUCGACUCCGAUGGGUUGAACAAAAUUAUGAUAUGCUGUCGAAAACGUUCCAGGAAGAUGAUUCCGUCUGGGAAGAUGCUUCGUCUACAGGUAACAUUGCACGCUUUAUCAAAACUUCCCAGGAAGUGAAGUUCAUGGCCGAAGAAUGCACAAAACAAUGUAUGAAAGAUAGAAACUGGCGCCGCGAUUUUGCAUUCUUUAACACAGGUGGCGACAUAAUCUCAGAUAUCACAUCAAAGUCCAUGCAACCCGCCACAGAUAGUCUUGGAAUCAGAAGUCCAGUCGGCCCUGAGAUGGCAAUAAGUGGCGAUGCAUCCAGUGGCGCAUGCUGGGCAUUUCCGGGAGCAGUUGGUCAGAUUGGAAUUCGCUUACGUCGUCGGAUCGUAGUUCAAGCGGUUACUAUCGAGCAUAUUGGUGCAAAACUGGCACAGAAUGAGAUCGCAUCAGCGCCCAAGGACUUCGAGUUAUACGGGAUCGAAGGAGAUGGAGAAGAUGCUGCUAAUUUGUUGCUUCUCCAAGGUUUUUAUAACAUCACCGGCCCUUCAACAAUGCAGACAUUUGAAGUGAAAGAAGCGAAUUUUCAGUCCGCUCAUCAGAAAGUUGUGUUGAAAAUAACUUCUAACCAUGGAAACCCUGAAUUCACCUGUCUAUAUCGGGUCAGGGUUCAUGGAAAAGAAGCUUGA